AAUUGGCGUCUAGGUCCGAUGUCAGAAUUCCUGGCCCUGCUGUGUUGCGCGUCCCAAGGAAAAGACCAGUUGAACCUGCUCUUCUUAGGAUUGUGUUGUAUUUACCAACCAAGCUACUUUUGGAUCUUGCAACUAGGACAUUUUUAGGAUGAAUGACAAAAACUUGGAAAUUACUUCACCACAACGGAAACUUCCUGAAUGGAUGUCUGGGCAGAAUAAGAUAUGUGCUGUGGAAGAAAGAAAGUCAUCUAUUCAGAAGAGUGUUUUUGAAGAUGAACUACCCUUCUUAGAAUUUACUGGAACUAUUAUAUACAGUUAUGAAGCUAGUGAUUGCUCUUUCCUAUCAGAGGAUAUUUGCAUGAGUCUGUCUGAUGGAGAUGUGAUCGGUUUUGACAUGGAAUGGCCUCCAGUGUACAGUAAAGGGAAACUAGGAAGAGUUGCUGUAAUUCAGAUAUGUGUGUCAGAGAGCAAAUGUUACUUGUUUCAUAUUUCUUCUAUGUCAGUUUUUCCACAGGGAUUGAAAUUGUUACUUGAAAAUGAAGCAAUUAAAAAGGUAGGCGUAGGAAUUGAAGGAGAUCAAUGGAAACUUCUACGUGACUUUGACAUCAAGCUGAAGAGUUUUGUGGAACUUACAGAUGUUGCCAAUGAAAAGCUGAAAAGUACAGAGACCUGGAGCCUCAAUGGUCUGGUUAAGCAUGUCUUAAGUAAGCAGCUUCUGAAAGAUAAGACUAUCCGUUGUAGCAAUUGGAGUAACUUUCCUCUCACUGCGGACCAACAACUGUAUGCGGCCACUGAUGCUUAUGCUGGUCUCAUGAUUUUUCGAAAAUUAGAAAAUUUGGGUGAUGCUGUGCCAAUGUUUGCUUUAAAUAAAGAGGAAAGAAUGCUACCUAGUGAUGUGAAAAAACAGUUGCUUUCGGUCUCUGAAGAGAUGAUGGAUCUGGCUAACCGUCUUCCUGACACUUUAAGAAAAAUGGAAAAUCCACAGAGCGUUUCUGUACUACUGAAGGAUAUUUCAGAAAAUCUGUGUUCAUUGAAGAAGAUAAUACUUGGUUCUACUAACACUGCAACAGAACGGAUGCCUAACAGUAAUUCUGACUUGUCAUUGGAAGAUCCAGCUUCAUCUAUAAUACAACAGGAAGACAAAAAAGAACAUAAAAUGCUUGCUGAAGUGAAAGAGGACACGUGGAACACCCGACUUGAUCAUUUAAUUAAACCUGAGAGAGAAAGUGUACUUGAAGAUGAUGCGAAACAAGAAGAAGGUGGAUAUGAAGUUGGAACGGAAAACAAUAAAUUGCAAGCUAAUUCCAAAAGAGAUUGUUUGAUGUCAUUAGACAUUACGGAAUAUGAACUCCGACUCUUGGAGCAGCAGGCUGAAGAAGAAAACAUCAGUGAUGCUAUUUACAUAGCCUCUGAGCAUUUAUCUUCUAAAAAUAAGGAAGAGGGUGUAUCUUAUGUAAUAGAAAGUGAUGAAGAUUUAGAAACAGAGAUGGUUGAGGUUUUAGAAAACCUAAAUAGUGACAUGGUACAGCCAACUCAUUCUAACUGCUUAGAAAUGGAAAGGAAUCUUGAUCUCCCUACUGAUGAAAAUGAAGAUGAAAAUGAAGAUACCAUAGGGGGAGAAGAUGAUGAGGAAGAUCAUUCGGUACCAGAACCCACUGCAAAACAAGUUAAUUGCCUUAAAACCUACUUUGGCCAUUGCAGUUUUAAGCCGGUUCAAUGGAAAGUGAUUCAUUCUGUACUAGAAGAAAGACGAGAUAAUGUUGUUGUCAUGGCAACUGGGUAUGGAAAGAGUUUGUGUUUCCAAUAUCCACCUGUCUAUGAAGGCAAGAUUGGCAUUGUCAUAUCUCCUCUGAUUUCUCUGAUGGAAGAUCAAGUGCUCCAGCUUGAAAUGUCCAACAUUCCAGCUUGUUUCCUUGGAUCAGCACAGUCGAAAAAUGUUCUAGAGGAUGUUAAAUUAGACAAAUAUCGGAUUGUAUAUAUAACUCCAGAAUUCUGUUCAGGUAACUUGGACCUCCUCAAGCAACUUGAAGCUACUAUUGGGAUCACACUGAUUGCUGUGGACGAGGCACACUGUAUCUCAGAAUGGGGGCACGAUUUUAGAAAUUCCUUCAGGGCUUUGGGCUCUCUAAAGGAAGCACUCCCAUUGGUUCCAGUUAUUGCACUUACUGCUACUGCAAGUUCUUCAAUCCAGGAAGAUAUUAUACAUUGCUUAAAACUGAAGAAUCCUCAGAUUACAUGUACCGGUUUUGAUCGACCAAACUUGUACUUGGAAGUUGGACGAAAAACAGGAAAUAUCCUUCAAGAUCUGAAACAAUUCCUUAUAAAAUCAGCAAGUUCUGCCUGGGAAUUUGAAGGCCCAACUAUCAUCUACUGUCCUUCCAGAAAAAUGACAGAACAAGUUACAGCUGAGCUUAGGAAACUAGACCUGAUGUGUGGAACAUAUCAUGCAGGCAUGGGUAUUAAAUCAAGAAAAGAAAUUCAUCAUAGGUUCAUGAGAGAUGAAAUUCAGUGUGUGAUUGCUACCAUAGCCUUUGGAAUGGGCAUUAAUAAGGCUGACAUUCGCAAAGUCAUUCAUUAUGGGGCUCCUAAGGAAAUGGAGUCAUACUACCAGGAGAUUGGUAGAGCUGGCCGUGAUGGACUUCCAAGUUCUUGUCAUGUACUGUGGGCCCCAGGAGACAUGAGCUUACAUAGCGUUCUCUUGAGUGAGAUAAGAAAUGAAAAGUUUCGAUUAUACAAAUUAAAGAUGAUGGCAAAGAUGGAAAGAUACCUUCAAGCCAGCAGGUGUAGAAGACAAAUCAUCUUGUCCCAUUUUGAAGACAAAAAACUACGAAAGGCCUCUUUGGAUAUCAUGGGAACUGAAAAAUGCUGUGAUAACUGCAGAUCUAGAUUGAGUCACGGCUUUUCCAUUGAAGACUCAGAUGAGACAUCACAGGACUUUGGUCCACAAGCAUUCCGACUCCUGUCUGCUGUGGACAUCUUGGGAGAAAAGUAUGGAAUUGGAGUUCCCAUUUUGUUUCUCCGAGGAUCUAAUUCUCAGCGUCUUGAAGAUGAAUUCCGCAGGCACAGGUUUUUUGGCGCUGGCAAGGACCACCCGGAGAGCUGGUGGAAGGCUCUUGCUCGUCAUCUCAUAGCUGAGGCAUUCUUGGCAGAAGUUUCUGGGUCUAGAAAAUUUGUAAAAAUUUGCACCCUUACAAAAAAGGGUAGGAAUUGGCUUAGGAAAUCCAGUGAAGCAUCUCCUCUGAGUCUGAUUCUUCAAGCUAAUGAAGAAUUGUGUCCAAGGAAGUUUCUUCUGCCAAGUUUUAAAACUAUGUCUUCAGCCACUGCACAAUAUUCCUCUAAUCAAGUACCAAUUGAAUUAACUGCAGAAAAGAAGUAUGAUUUGGAGAAGAUGUAUUCUUACAAAGCACUUAAUAAAAAACCUUCUGGAGAUAACUUUCCUAAAAAAAGUAUCAUGGUGCCAUCCCCAGGAAAAUGUCUUCCUGGAUUUUGCAAGUCCCUGGAACCUGUUAUUUCAGCCCGAGAACAAGAAAUUCAGACAAUGCUAUAUGGCAAAUUGGUAGAAGCCAGGCAGAAACAGUCCAAUAAAAUGGAUAUUCCUCCAGCUAUUCUGGCAACAAAUAAGAUACUACUGGAGAUGGCCAAAAUUAGACCUACUACAAUUGAAAAUUUGAAAAAGAUAGAUGGUGUUUCUGAAGGAAAAGCUACUAUGUUGACAACUCUAUUGGAAGUCAUCAAACAAUUCUGCCACGAAAAUAGUCUUCAGAUAGACAUUUUUCCAAGCUCAAAACCUCAAGAAGGACAGAAGAGUGAGGGGAGGAAAAAUGCAGGGCUCACACUUUCACCAUCUGUGGCCAUCACUUACUCAUUAUUUCAAGAAAAGAAGAUGUCUCUGAAGAACAUAGCUGAGAACAGGACGCUGCCUCUCACCACAGUUGGCAUGCACUUAUCCCAAGCGGUGAAAGCUGACUACCCACUCGAUAUGGAGCGAGCAGGCCUGACUCCAGAGGUUCAGAAGAUUAUUGCCGAUGUUAUCCGAAACCCUCCCGUCAACUCAGAUAGGAGUAAAAUUAAACUAAUUAGAACAUUUGUGCCUGCAAACAUUGACACGCACCUUAUCCACAUGGCAGUUGAGACGCUGGGGAGAGAUGGUGACAGCAGAAAGCUGAGCCGGCUCUGCUGCGACUGCAGUGACAAGAGAUGCUUCCCCGACUCUGCAGAGAGCUGUGUACUUUCCACGAGAGCCAGGAAAGAAGAAGGCACUAACACGAAGGUUGAUGGAAAAGAUCCUGGCAAUUUCUCCAUGAGAGACAAGAGUCAAAGAAAUGAAGUAACUUCUUGGAAUCCACCACCUAUUGAUCCAAAAAGAGAAGAUUUAUUCACAGAAUCUCAUUCACAGACUUCAGCUGAAAAUUCAAAGAGAAAACUACCUGAAUGGUUAACCAAAGGACACGAAUCCUUAGCUAAUACCAGCAAGAAAUCAAAGACCAAAACAAAAAAGGGUCUUUUUAGUUAGGUUGGAAGUUCCCAGAGGAUAUAUGUGCCUUGCUAUGUUAUGAAAGAACUAUAUUGUAUUUCUUAAAUCAGCCUUCCACUUACAGUAUUUGGGUCUGCUGAAAGCCAUCAUAGACCAGAAUGCACAAUUAGGUUUCCUUUAAGAGUGCUGUGAGAAACCAUGUUAGUGCCCUGCUUUCUAAAUGCAAUGUGCUGUGAAUUGCUGUAACACACAAUAGUUGUGUAGUACUUGUGUGAUAGAAAAUAUUCCUCUUAUCUAAAUCCUAUUUUAUAAAUGAAGAAAGCAUGGUUAUUAUGUAAAUUGUCUUUAGAAGAACCUCUUAUAUAUGUAUUGUUAAAUGGUACUAAUGGACCAGACAGGUGAAAGGCAGACCUGACAUUCUGUGUUUCAUGUAUAUAGGGAAAAUAUUUUAACAAAAGAUAAUCAUUUGUACUAUGAAGCCAUGCACUUUGUAUUUGAUGCACAAUUUUUAUUGUUUUCAAAUAAUUAAAACCAGUUCCCUUAAAUGGAAUAUAUA